CCGGUUGACGUUGUGAAUUUUUAAUCGCAUUAUUAUGAACCCAUCAGCGGUUAAGUGGGGCGCAUCGUAGUUUUGACUGUAGUUGGUGGUCUGAUUGAUUUUCAGCAGUAGCAGCAGCAGGGGGUGGAUGGGCAUGUGCAUGUCACCUUAUUAAAAACGAUACGUCAUAAAGCGGACGAUACGGCGGAGGGAGUUGAUGUAAUGUUUGCUUUAUAAACCAUUGUCCGAUGGUACUGAGGGUAUCAAAACCAUUUCAAACAUUACCCAGUGCAGUCUACUUCCUUGUGCUGUUUGUGGAAUCGUAACAAACAACAAAACACACAUUUCAAAAUGAAGUUCUUCGUGUUCGUCGCUUCGCUCAGUGCAGCAGUGGCUAUGUUCGGAGCGCAUGGUGCCGUCGUUCCAGUGGCACCGGCCGUAGCCGUUAGCACCAACUACGAUCCACUGCCGCAGUACACCUAUGCGUACAACGUGCAGGACGCUCUGACGGGCGAUAGCAAAAGCCAGCAAGAGACGCGAGAUGGCGACAUCGUACGAGGCUCCUACUCGCUGGUCGAACCAGACGGCACGCUGCGUACGGUCUUCUACACUGCCGAUCCCGUCAAUGGGUUCAAUGCCGUCGUACAGCGUGGUCCGCUCGUACCGAAGGCAGUCGUGCCGGUAGCGGCCGGUCCGGCCAUCCUUGCACCGGCUCCCGUGGCCCGAGUGUUAGGCUAAGCGUUCCAGUAAGAUGAACGUCUAAUGUAGGAUAAUUUAGCUCGAUUUGCGUUAGCCAUCGUUGUUUGUUGUGUUGUGUAUAGACUGAAAUAAAAUAAACGUACCCAAUGUUAUUACCAGCAAAAGUAG